AUGAUGACUUCCCCCCGCAAUUUCAGCUGGCAGGUCCUGGCGGCCUACAAAAGCCUCUUGGCGUGCGGUGCACUCCUCUUCUUCCUCGCCAUCGGGAUGGAUCUCCGAGCUGAGCUCGGAGCUGGAACCAACGAGAAGAAGAUAUUGAAGCGCGACUCCACCAGCACCGGAGACGCGGCCAUAUGGCAGCCCACAGCCGGCGUCAAAUGGCAGAUCCAACUAGUCGACACCGUCGAGGAUACCAGCGUGGACGCGGACAUCUGGGACAUCGACCUCUUCGAAAACACAGCCGAGACAAUCACCACUCUCCAGGGCAAAGGACAUAAAGUCAUUUGCUAUUUCUCCGCAGGCACCUACGAGGACUGGCGCUCAGAUAAAGACAAAUUUAACUCUGCGGACCUUGGCAGCGACCUGGAUGAAUGGGCCGGCGAGAAAUGGCUGAAUAUCAAGUCUGACGGUGUUCGCUCGGUUAUGCAGUCUCGCCUGGACAUGGCGAAGGAGAAGGGCUGUGAUGGAGUUGAUCCGGACAAUAUUGAUGCGUACGGCAAUGAGAAUGGCCUUGGGCUGACUGAGGCUGACUCGAUUGCGUAUUUGUCUUUCCUUGCUGAUGAGUCGCAUUCUCGUGGCAUGUCUAUUGGACUGAAGAAUGGGGGCGAUAUCAUUGGCUCGGUCAUUGAUAAGAUGCAGUGGUCGGUUAAUGAGCAAUGUGCGGAGUAUAAUGAGUGUGAUGUCUAUGCUGCUUUUACGGAGGUUAAUAAGCCGGUUUUCCAUAUCGAGUACUCUGAUGUGACCAUUGAUGCUGUCAACUCUGGCAGCGGGGAUGCCGACGCUGACAAGGAUGAUACGGAGACCGGCACCGGCUCUGAUGCUACCACCGCUGGGACAGGAAGUGAUGUUGACGAGGCAAGCAGCAUAGAGGGUGGCGCCAGUACCAACGCUGAGGACGGAGAUGAUGAGGAGGAUGAGGAGGACGAUGAUGAUAACGAUGACGAGGACAAUGAGGACAACGACGCUAGGCCCCACAGAAAUGGCAAGCAAAGACACAGGCACACCCACCGACACGACUACCGCAAGCUCAGAGCCAGAGCCGUCCUGUCAUCUGCGUUGAAAAACUCGGCCUGCAACGCAGCCAACUCCGACAAGUUCUCCACUGUCAUCAAGAACAUGAACCUCGAUGCCUGGGUUGAGUAUUGCUAG